CCGUCUGCAACGUUGGCCAAGCUAUGUUGGCCGUCUCCUCCAAAUGCGUGCGCCUACCACGCACACUUACUCAGAACAAGCGCGCUCUCCAUGAUAUCACCUCUUUGCCGUCGAACAAGGCUGCCAUCGCACAAGGACCCCCAGGGCGGAGUGCGACGACGGGGCACGUAGCGACUGUGUUCGGCUGCACGGGCUUUCUGGGUCGCUACGUCGUAGCGAAACUCGCCAAGGCGGGCACACAGGUCAUUGUUCCGUACCGAGACGAGGACGAGAAACGGCACCUGAAGGUCACUGGGGAUCUCGGGCAGAUUGUAUCCAUGGAAUGGGACCUUCGCCGGCCUGACCAGAUCGACGAGUGUCUGCGACACUCAGAUAUCGUGUACAACCUCGUCGGCAGGGAGUACGAGACCAAGAACUUCUCCUACGAGGACGUCCACGUGAAGGGCGCGGAGGCAAUUGCGAGUCUCGCAACCCAGGCCGGCGUUGAUCGCUUCGUGCACGUCUCGCACCUGAACGCGGCCCAUGACUCUCCCUCCGCGUUCUAUCGCACGAAGGCCGUCGGGGAGGAACGGGUCAAGGAGGCCUUCCCCAACGCGACAAUUAUCCGUCCCUCGAUCAUGUUCGGCUACGAGGACAGGUUGCUGAACAACGUCGCCUUCUGGCCGAUCUGGUGGAAGCUAAACCACAUGAGGACGAAGGUCCGCCCCGUGCACGCGCUGGAUGUCGCGCAAGCACUGGCGAACGUUAUCCAAAUUCCGUCCAUGCCCGGCACCUACAACCUGCCUGGUCCCUCUGAGAUGACCUAUGAAUAUCUGCUGACGCUCGUCAGUACGGUCACCCUCAACCCAGUGUCCCCAGCCCCCAUUCUGCCGAAGUCCGUGGCGCUCGCGCUCGCGAAAGUGGCUCAAAGGGUUUGGUGGCCGGCACUGAGCCCGGACGAAGUUGUGCGCAGGUACAUCGACGACGCGGAUGUUCCGGGCGACUGGGACAAGUUUGGAAUUACCCCGGACGAGAUUGAGGAGCACGCCAUCACGUACCUGAGGAGAUACCGAUCCGCGGAGAACUUCGCGCGGCCGGUGGUAUUCCCCGCUAACCGGGAAACUUCUUCGUAUGACAUAGUGGCAUGAGGGGCGUCGAUCACUAGCUAGCUGCUGCUCGUCUGUUGGAUCGUUUCGGGCGAUGAUUGCGACUCAAAGCUAUGUUUAACUGCCACUCAUCGGCGGAGGUGUGAAUUUG